CUCCUGAGAAAGGUAAGGGCCAUUCCAAUAUAGCCUCAAGCACAUUGAGGUCUUCAAUCACCAAAAAUGGUAACCACUGUGGCUUCUUACAACGUCACUCCAUAUCAACCAACUCCCAAUGAUCCUUUAUGGCUAUCAGAUAGCGACCAACUUGGGGCCCUAGGCCAUGUAGCCACCAUCUACAUUUACAAAGCAAAACCCAACAGCGACACCAUUGAGAGGUUGAGAAACUCUCUUAGAAAGCUUUUAGUGUACUACUACCCAGUAGCUGGCAGGUUGAGCUUGACAAAAAGUGGUCGAAUGGAAGUGAAUUGCAACGCAAAGGGAGUGACGUUGAUUGAAGCUGAAACAACAAAAACAUUUGGUGAUUAUGGAGACUUUUCAGCAUCCAAGUCGACCGAUGAACUUAUUCCAAAAGUUGAUGAUACUCAACCUACAGAAGAGAUUCCCUUACUGCUACUGCAAAUAACAAGGUUCCAUGGUGGUGAAGGCCUUUCCAUUGGAGUUCUUUUCUCUCAUCCUUUGACUGAUGCGACUGGCCAGAUUCACUUCAUGAACAAAUGGGCAAAGCUGACUCGAGGAGAAGAACUAAACCCUGAUGAAAUGCCAUUUCUCGAUCGAACACUACUCAAAUUAUUACCAAAUCAGGCAUCAGUUCCAAGCGUUAAACUCCCAGAGUUGAAGCCUGCACCACAAACACCAGGAAAAGAGCAGAAGAAGAGAAGUGCUGCAUUGCUAAAACUCACAUCAAGCCAGAUACAGAGGCUAAAGAAGAAGGCUAAUGAUCACCCUUCAAAAGAAGGGUCCAAACCUUAUAGCAGAUUUGAAGUUGUUGCUGCUCAUAUAUGGAGAUGUGCAACUAUGGCUCGUGCUGAAUCUGGUGAGAAUUCAAACCAACCAAUUCUAGUUCGGUUUAGUGUUAAUUUUCGCAAUAGAUUGAAACCACCUCUCCCUCAGAAUUAUUUUGGGAAUGCUUUGGCAAAAGUAGCGACACCUGAAUGUUAUGAGGGAGAUAUCAUAUCAAACCCAUUAGGAUUCGCUGCUCAAAAGAUAAGGGAAGCAUCUCAUGCAAUUACUGAAGACUUUUUAAGGUCACAAUUAAAUGUUGGUUUAGGCAAAUGGCAAUUGGACAACAUUAGGGCUUUUUUCAUGAGUCAACGACACCUUAUAAAUACGCCCUCUGCUGGGGAUCAUAACAUUUUUCUCACAAGCUUGAUGACCAUGCCAGUGUAUGAAUCAGAUUUUGGCUGGGGAAAGCCUGUGCAUUAUGGUUUAGCAAGUCUGUUUCAGGUAAAUAGGGCAGGAAUUCUUCCAAGCCCAGAUGGAGAUGGUGUUAUUGUUAACAUAUUUUUCCAGGAAGCACUUAUGCAGCUUUUCAAAAAGUUGUUCUACGAGGAUUUGUAUGUAUCCUCAUUAUAGCACAUAUGGAGCUAUGAAAUAUUCUGUUAGCUACUAUCAUGGUUUUAAAUUGUGGUUGCAAUCAGGAUCGUGAUGAGUCAAAAUCUUUACAUUAUGGAUAAUUACGGAAAAAUAUGACUGAUGCCAUAUCAAUUCCGGUCAUAAUAUGACUGUGAAGUGUCAAAAUACCUUGGCGUUACGAUCACAAUUUCAGUCGUGGAUCAGAAUUUAAAACCAUGACUACUGUGUAAUUGAGGACUUCUACUAUGUUUGCAGUUUUAUUUUAAAGUCUGUUUCCUUGUUUUUAGAUGUUGAUAAUGUGUUGUGUGUUUUUUUAAUUUACAUGUGAUCUGUAUUCCAUGUGAUGAAUAAUGUUCUUAUAUUGCAAAUGCACUGGAGAUAACACUCUUGAAUGA